UGGAGCCAAAAGGGUGCGGCUCUAGUGGCAGAAAAGUUGUUUAAAGAGGCUUUUCCUCAUCUCCUGCCUUCACUCUGACUCCUUCUCCUGCAGUGCGGAAAACUUUUCGAGCCGACUUGAAGAGCUGUGUGUCAAGCAGAAAUCCUAAGAAAACAUGUCUGGAAGAGGAACAAUCAAGCCUCAGAGCGGAUUCAACGCCAACGCUGAUGCCGAGGCUCUUUUCAAGGCUAUGAAAGGAUUUGGCACUGAUGAAGGAGCCAUUCUGCAGUUGCUGACGGCUCGUAGUAACGCUCAGCGGCAGGAGAUCAAAGCUGCUUACAAGACCCUGCAUGGCAAGAGCCUGGUGAAAGAACUGCAGUCGGAGCUGACAGGAAAAUUAGAGACUUUGAUUGUGGCACUGUUGGACACGCCUACCAUGUAUGAUGUGAAGUGCCUGAAGGGUGCAAUGAAGGGAGCUGGAACUUGUGAAAAGACUUUGAUUCAGAUUCUUGCCUCAAGAACUUGCAAUGAGAUUCAAGAGAUCAAUAAGGUCUACAAGCAGGAGUAUGGUAAAACCCUGGAGGAGGAUGUGACUGGUGAAACUGAUGGAGCCUUCAGGCAGAUGCUGGUCAUAUUGCUGCAGGCAAGCAGACAGCAGGGCGUACAAGAGGCCAACGUGCAGAGCGAUGCAAAGGCUCUCUUUGAAGCUGGAGAAAAGAAGUUUGGCACAGAUGAAGAAAAAUUCAUCACUAUUUUGGGCAACCGCAGUGCUGAACAUCUUCGGAGAGUGUUUGCCGAGUAUAUGAAGCUGUCUGGAUUUCAGAUGGAGGAGACUAUUAAGAGAGAAACUUCUGGAACCCUGCAAGAACUGCUGCUGGCUGUGGUGAAAAGUGCCAGAAGUGUUCCUGCCUAUUUAGCCGAGUGUCUGUAUUAUUCUAUGAAGCCUUGUCCACAGGGCAUCGGGACUGACGAUAAUUCCCUGAUCCAGAUCAUGGUGUCCCGCAGUGAAAUCGACAUGCUGGAUAUACGUGCUGAGUUCAGGAAGAUGUUUGCCACUUCUCUGUUCAAAAUGAUUCAGGGCGAUACCUCUGGAGAUUAUGCUAAAACCCUGCUCCUCUUGUGCGGCGGCGAUGACGCCUAACUCCUGGACCUGACGAGCAAAUUUCACACAGCUUAACACAUUGGCAAAAAAUAUUUAUUCUUUGUACGUUACUAAUAGUGAUGCUUAGUAACUAAUUAAAUUGAUCAUUCCCAAUAAUGAAGGCAGUUCAAUAUCAGGGUUUUUUUUUCUUCUUGUUGCUUUUACAUGCUUGGAAUUGUGUUGUGGUCCUGAAGUAAAAAAAUAAAUAAAGCAGGUCUCUGCCAUAA